AUGUAUCUAGUUUUGAUCAUACAAUUGCUUUUGGCAGCAAUUAGGACAGCCGCAAUCCGCUAUGACCCAGAACAUAUAUUGUGGAAUCUUAAUCAGAACAAGACGGCUACGAGCCCUGUGGAUUACUGGGGCCAAUGGGAUAACCACAGUGAGUCUCGACUGUCCCAGUUUGUGAUUGAACCAUCUGACAAUAUCUCAGACUUCACCCCAUCUCCAGACAAUUGGCGUUUUCCUGUAUAUACUAUCAUCCUAGAUCGCUUCGUCAACGGAGACCCAAGUAACGACAACACAAAUGGCACUGCAUGGGAACAGGAUCUCUAUGGCACUCAACUACGCCAUGGAGGUGACAUCAAAGGCCUCCAAGACACGCUCGAUUACCUCGAAGGAAUGGGGGUGAAGGGAAUCUAUAUCGCUGGUAGCCCUUUCAUCAACCUCCCUUGGGGCGCGGACGCCUAUAGCCCACUAGACCUCACGCUUCUCGACGCUCACUUUGCUACCAUUGAUGUUUGGAGAGAUUGUAUCGACGAGAUACACAGUCGAGGAAUGUAUGUAAUUCUAGACAACACCAUGGCGACUCUGGGCGAUUUGAUCGGGUUUGAGGGUUCGCUCAACGUGUCCACCCCGCUGAACUAUCACGAAUACAACGCAAUGUGGAAAACCUCGAGACGCUACCAUGACUUUACGUUCGAUAAUUACGAAGUGGAUAAAUGCGACACCCCUUAUCCUCGGUUUUACGAUGAUUUUGGUGAAGAAGUCAGCAUGAACGGCACAGAGCACCUGAUUGGCUGCCGUCAAAGUGAGUUUGAUCAAUAUGGUGACAUUGCUGCAUUCGAUGUCUACCCAGAAUGGCAACGCCAGCUUUCGAAAUUUGCUUCGGUGCAGGAUCGAUUGCGUGAAUGGAAACCAUCAGUCCGUGAAAAGAUCGAGCUUUUCACUUGCAUGCAGAUUUCGAUGCUGGAUAUUGAUGGCAUUCGCAUGGACAAAGGCCAGCAGAUCACGGUAGAUGCUCAAGGCGAUUUUGCAGACGCUACCAGACGAUGUGCAAAAAGGUUCAAUAAGUCGAACUUCUUCAUUCCCGGGGAGAUUGUAUCCGGCAAUGCCUUUGGUUCUGUGUAUCUAGGACGAGGCAAGACGCCGGAAAUGGCAGUCAAUGAUACCGACAAGGCUAUACGACUAACGACAGAUGCUGCGAGUGAUUCGCUAUUCACUCGCGCAAAAGGCAAGAAUGCUUUUGACGCAGCUUGUUUUCACUACUCAACAUACCGCGCCCUUCUCAGAUUUCUCGGCAUGGAUGGAAAUAUUGGGGCAAAUUCAGAGACCCCCGUCGAUUUUGUCGACGCAUGGAAUGACUUCAUAAAAACCAACGAUUUUAUCAACGCCAAUACAGGUAACUUCGAUCCUAGGCAUAUGUUUGGUGCACAGAAUCAAGACAACUUCAGAUGGCCAACAAUCGUCGAUGGCACGCAAAAGCAGCUCCUUGGCAAUUUUAUUACCACUCUACUGCUACCCGGUAUUCCUCUUCUUGAAUGGGGAGAAGAACAAGCAUUUUACGUCCACGAUAAUACAGCUCCUAAUUAUGUCUUCGGUAGACAAGCAAUGUCGGCGACUACCGCCUGGCAAGACCAUGGCUGCUACACUGUUGGCAACAACAAAUUUGCCACUUGGCCACCAGGAAAUUAUUCCAAAGGAUGCGAGGACGAUUGGAAUAGCCUCGAUCAUCGAGAUCCUUCUCAUCCCGUGCGAAAUCUGAUGAUGUCAAUGUUUGAGAUGCGUCGGCGUUUUCCUGUGCUUAAUGACGGCUUCAAGCUUCAGACGAUCACAAAGCGAACACAUCCCAUUCUUUUGCCCGGCUCUCUGGGCACAGACACCGAGACCGGCCUCUGGUCGUUCGAUUGCACUCACGGUGAUACGGGGCUCUUGGCUCCCUUUCCUGGUAACACUAGGGUCAAGAACUUGCUCUAUCCAUAUGAGGAAAUCUUGCUCGAGACUACAUCAUCUAAGCUUACGCUCGACCAAAAGACAAGUGUCGACGGAUGUCUAUCGAAAUACACUAUGCCUCCGUGGGGAUACAAAGCCUAUGUGCCUUUUGAGCAGUGGCUACGGCCAUCACCUGUUGUAACGAAGUUCAAUCCUGGCCAUGAUUAUCGGAUACUGUCAAAAGCUCCGACUUCAUCAACACAGACAAUCCCUGUCGAAUUCUGGUUCUCAGAUGAGAUGGACUGCGAUAGUGUGCUCAAUGGCCUGAAAUGCGACUCGAAUACGGAGACUGGUUUAACAGCAACUUUUGACAAGUCCAACUUUCGGUGCCAUUCCGAGGUUGACGACACGGUAAACGUGUCUGAAUUUGCUGGCAUUGUGACAGGACAAAUGCCUGGCUUAUGGAAGAUUGCUGGGAAUUUGGUCAACGUCUCAGAUGGAGUGCAUACUUUGACUGUUGGUAAUGUGACCAACCAAGUCAAAAAUGCUUCCACAAAUGCAAUAAAUCACUUCCUUCUUCGCGUAGGGAGCGAACAGAACCCGAUGGUAUUCCCUCGAAGUGCUAAUUACUCGAAAACUCUCCUUUACCGUAAUGCAGACGACAGUCUCCAUGUUUCGCACACAGCAGCUGGGGCCGAUAUGUUCAGAUACUCUCUCAAUUGGGCAUCAAGUUGGAGUGAAUGGCAGCCAUACAAAGGCGGUAACACAACAUUAGAGCCUCAACAUUGGUCUGGCACUCAUCAGCAAGCUUGGUCUGGAGACCACGUUCAAAUUGAAUACUGGAGCAAAAAAACUGGCGCUCUCGUCAUUCAACAGGGUGACCGAGCUGACAGUGACAAGAUUCCACGAAGAUUUCCUCACAUCUUUCUUCACGGCAGGUGGAAUCAGUACGGGUAUGAUUCCGGGCUCAAUCAUAAUAUGAAGCAGGAUAAAGACGGCCUUUGGAAAUUCAACCUAAUGACAGAUUAUCCUUCCGAGUUCCAAGUCAACGUGUGGGGCAGCAAUCCUGAUGGACAGCCUGAUCUUUCAAGAGCUUACGGUGACGUGAAUGUUGACGGUGUACUCGACCUUAUUUCGCCGGUAUCCUUGCUCAAGAAUGUCGUCAACAUCACGAACCCCCGCCGUCACGGUAGCUUGGGAUAUCGGAUCCACGUUGAUGACGCAACCCUCAAAUACACUACAAUCCCAAUUGGAUCGGACCGCAUUCAAGCUUGCUUGCUCGCUCUGCUAGCUGUACUACCAAUCAUCACUGGAGUCAUUUGCGUCUUGUUGUACCAGCGGAGCUUCUAUGAUAUUAAGUUCAACCGACUCGGCAAAAGGGAGAAAACCCCUUUCCUUCCUAUCGCUAUGAAAGAAAAGAUGCACUUCGAUCAAUGGGCCAGUCCUGGUGCGUGGGCUAUCAUGAAGAAAACUCAGCCUGAUAGCGCUGCGUCUCCGCCAGCUCAGCCACGGCGGACCGUGCUCAUUGCAACGAUGGAAUACAAUAUCGAGGACUGGGACAUAAAGAUCAAGAUUGGUGGGCUCGGCGUAAUGAGUCAAUUGAUGGGACAACACCUUGGUCAUAUCAAUCUAAUUUGGGUAGUACCGUGCGUCGAGGAUAUUCAAUAUCCGGUCGACCAGCAAGCCAGACCCGUUAAAUGCAUGAUCAUGGGUAACGAAUAUACAAUCCAGGUUCAGUACCACCACGUUAGGAAUAUAACAUAUGUGCUCUUAGAUGCUCCUGUCUUUCGCCAACAGACAAAGGCUGAGCCUUACCCAAAACGAAUGGACGACAUUGAUAGCGCGAUCUAUUAUUCGGCAUGGAACUACUGCAUCGCUGAGAUCCUCCAGCGGUUCCCCGUUGAUCUGUACCAUAUCAACGAUUAUCAUGGUGCUGCUGCUCCGUUGCACCUACUGCCAAAAGUAAUCCCAUGCUGUCUUUCUUUGCACAAUGCCGAAUUUCAAGGUCUGUGGCCGAUGCGGACCUCACUGGAAUUUGAGGAGGUGUGUCGGGUCUACAAUCUACCAGCAGACAUCGUCCGGAGCUACAUUCAAUUUGGAGGCGUCUUCAAUCUGCUCCACGCCGGUGCUAGCUACUUAAGGAUGCAUCAGAGCGGAUAUGGCGCCGCAGGUGUUUCUACCAAGUAUGGGAAGCGUUCCUUCGCUAGGUAUCCCGUUCUUUGGGGCUUGAAGAAAGUCAUGGGUCUGCCAAAUCCAGAUCCGACGGAUGUUGAGGCUGUAGCUACGAGCUCAACGAAUGCGAAUGACGUGGUCGUCGACGAAGUUUUCGAAGCUGGGAGAAGCCAACAUAAGCAGCAAGCUCAGAAGUGGGCAGGCCUGAACCAAGAUCCAGAAGCAGAGCUGUUCGUCUUUGUUGGUCGUUGGAGCACACAGAAAGGAAUCGAUUUAGUCGCUGACGUAUUUCCUUCUAUCUUGGAGCAGCAUCCUAAAGCGCAACUAAUAUGCGUCGGCCCCGUAAUCGAUCUGUAUGGGAGAUUUGCAGCUCUCAAACUCGAGAAACUUAUGGAACUAUAUCCACGCCGUGUCUUCUCGAAGCCGGAGUUCACUGCUUUGCCACCCUUUAUAUUUAGCGGAGCUGAGUUUGCCCUUAUUCCCAGCCGGGAUGAACCUUUUGGGCUUGUAGCAGUCGAAUUUGGUCGGAAAGGUGCCCUUGGUAUCGGUGCUAGGGUUGGUGGCUUGGGUAACAUGCCUGGGUAG